CCGAACGAAGACAUACAUUUCACAGUUCUUGUGACAAUGUUGUUGACAUAACAAGGCCUCCUACUACCAGUUCAGAAAACAUUUUCACUUUUAAUGAUUUUGUCGAUUAUCAGGAUAGAACUGGUUUCUCUUCCACAUCCUCUAUUAGUGAUACUCCAAAAAGUUUAUUGGAAAAAUACAGUAACUUGAAUCAUCAGGAGUUGGUCGAACUGGUGAUUUGUCAACAGAGAACCUUAGAUCUUAAAGAAAAUAAGAUUCGGGACUUAGAAAAUUACAUUGACAACCUACUACUACGUGUAAUGGAAAGUGUUCCCAUACUUCUCCAGAAACCUUAUGUGCCUGUUACCUAUACCAGGUGAAACUCCAACUUCAGUCUGGAGUUCAGUGAACUUACAUACCUUGUGAUUCUAUCUAUGGACAAAUUCAUUAAAACAAGACUGUAAACAGUGCGUAAAAAAACCAAAGAAUAUAGCCACAGUUCAGUUUCUUUACCAACACUUUCUUCACUUGAUAUGUUUAGUAAGAACUAAAACAUCCACCUACUUCAAUUAACAACUUAAGUCAAUUUACAUGUAUCUUCUCUAAACACUAAUAUAGAUUUGUUAUCAUUUUCUUCUGUUAACUAUUACAUGUUUUAACUGUUCAGAACAUCAUUUCAUAUAUUCUUGGUGCACAAUAGUGAAUAACUUGGCCCAUUUGUGCCUUUUCAAAAUGUCAUUUUUAGUGUUAUACACACACACACACACGUGUGUGUGUGUGUGUGUUGAGAUGAUACUUGGCCUGCAUUAUUUACUUUGGAUAAAGAUUAUAACUAAUAAUACCUCGGCAAACAGCAUUUUUUACACAGUUUAAUAUAUCCUUAUGAAUACAUAAUCUGGUUUUUGAUACAUCUAAAUGUCUAUUGAAAUUUGUUUUUUUACUCCUUAUAUUUGGGGCUUUCUUUUCAAUUCUUGGAGAUUAAAACAUUAUUAGGCUGUGUCUGUAUGAGAUUUUUACAGAAAAAAUUUGCUUUCAA